GUGGCAAGCGCGCGCGCACACCGCGUUUAUUUAACGAGCAAUAUAAUAUUACGUACGAUACAUUGACUCUGUUUUUUCUUCUUUUUUUUUAAUUCGAAACUUCGAGUCGAGGUACUGACUUUUUUUUUGUAUACGUAAUCUUUUUGAGAGAAAAAGAAACCAUAUCAUGGUCUGGUGGAACUUCUUCAAGUUUCUGAUCUACUCCCUGUUCCUGGGUAUAUCCUCGUCGAGGGAUCAGACGCGGGAAAGUCCAGCAGCUCCCUCGAAACAUCGGCCUCACAUCAUCUUUAUACUAGCCGACGAUGUCGGCUGGAACGACGUGAGCUUCCACGGCUCGGACGAGAUCCCGACGCCGAACAUCGACGCGCUGGCCUAUCACGGCGUCAUCCUGGAUCGCCACUACGUACAUCCGAUCUGCACGCCGUCGCGCACCGCUCUGAUGACCGGCCGCUACGCCAGCCGCUCGGGCAUGCAGGGCUUCCCCAUGAGCGCCGGCGAGCUGCGAGCGGUGCCGCUCGACAAUGCCACCAAGCUGAUGCCGGAGUACUUUCGGGAACUCGGCUACAGGACGCGGCUGCUGGGCAAGUGGCAUCUGGGCUACUAUCAGGAGGACCUGACCCCGGCGAGGCGAGGCUUCGACUCGUUCUACGGUUAUUACAACGGAUUCAUCAAUUACUUCGAUUACACGUACAGCGAGCCGGAUCUGCUGAAAAUCAACGUGACGAGAUACGACAUGCACGACGACGACGAGAGCGAGCUGCGCGCCGCCUAUCCGCGCGGCUACUUCACGGACAUGAUCACCGAGAAAGCCGAGGAGACGAUCAAAGCCCACGCGCUGAACGAGCCCGUGGAUCGACCGCUGUUCCUGGAGAUCGCCCAUCUGGCGGGUCACGCGAGCAUCAAGGACGACCCGCUGGAGGUGCGCGACCGGGCGCAGGUCGAAGCCGAGUUCGGUCACAUCGAGAACGCGGAACGUCGCAAGUACGCCGGAAUGAUUAGAGCCAUGGACGAGUCCGUGGGCAGAGUCGUGAAGGCUCUCUCCGAGGCUGGCAUGCUCGGUAACAGCAUCAUCGUGUUCGCCAGCGACAACGGGGCGCCCACCUUCGGCCUCUACGCCAAUUCCGGCUCGAAUCAUCCCUUCCGCGGGAUCAAGGGCACGCUGUGGGAGGGCGGAGUACGCGGGCUGGCCUGCGUCUACUCGCCUCUGAUCGAGAGUCGCUCGCGCGUCAGCGACGAGCUCGUGCACGAGGUCGACUGGCUGCCGAGCCUGUACGCCGCGGCGGGCGGCCGCAUGGAGGACCUGCCGACGAGCCAGCUGGACGGCGUCGAUCAGUGGCCGAUGAUCAGCCGUGGCGCCAGAUCCAGGAGGAGCCGAGCUCUGCUCAACAUCGACGAGGUGGCCAAGACCGAGGCCGCCAUCGUUGGCAAGCACAAACUGCUCAAAGGUGCUCGUAACGACCCGACAGGCGACUUCGUCGGUGCCACGGGCAACGAUCCCGCGUACCCGGCCUAUCGGAUCGACGAGGUGCUCGAGUCCAUGGCGGGCCGGGCCAUCAGGGGACUGCUCGACGACAACGUCCGAGGGCCGUCGGCGAGCAAGAUCGCGAGGCUGCGCGCCAAGAGCAGCAGGAACGCCCGUGGCAGGUGCAGAGGCUCGUCGCAACAACGACUCGACUGCUCGGGCGUCUGUCUGUUCGAUCUCGAGCGCGAUCCCUGCGAGACGCGUGACAUCUCGAAGCAACGGCCGAGAAUCGUCCGAGAACUGGAGGCUUACCUCGACCAGCAACGCGAGCAUCUGAUGCCGCAGACGAACACGCCGUCGGACCCGUGCUCGUACGACUCGAGGAUCCUGAACGGCACGUGGCAGCCCUGGAUCUCCAGCGAGGUGUCGAUGCGCGACUAUCGCGCCGGUCACUGCCAGUAUCCGGCUCAUCUCUUAUCGUCGUCGCAAAGCCAAUGAAUAAACGUACUCUUGUUAAAACACCUAAACAAACUUUCGUUUGCCACUCACACCGUUCGAGGAGCAUUGAUAUAAUAUUUUGGAUUGAUAAAAGUACCAAGGAAAGGAUAAAACAAUGUGAGAGCUUUUACUGAUAUUUGAAGAAAUGAAGAAAACAUUUUUUGGUUUGAAUCAAUUUUUUUUCGGUAAAAACUUAUUUCUAUUACCGUCUGUCUUAGGAGAAAUAAUCAGUGUCCGUCGGUAAAUUUAUUAAAAUAUUUCACUAGUACAUCAAUUUUGAUGUGACUUGAUGAUUUGAUUGACAGUUUGAUCAAUACAGAAUCACGACAUUAUGACGCAUAAUUUAUCACAAAUACAGUAGUUAUCUCGUCCCAUUUAUGGUUUCGAACAAGACGUGGAGAAAACUUCUGAUUGUUGCAUUGGAGCUAGGGACUAGGCAUCUAAAAAUGAGCUAGUUGAAUGAAUUAAUUGUACUGGAAAAUUGGUUCAAAAUAAAUCACUACAACAACAGUUUACAAAGGUGUAAUGAUAUAGUUAAGCGUCCGAGGUUCGGUUAAGGCACAAUCAUUUCGGCACAAUUUUUAUUGAAGUAGUGGAAAAACAUAUGUAUAAGUAUCUAAUAAAUUUAUCUAAUCUAAUAUUUAAAAUUGUCGACCAUCAUCUCUUCUUACAAUUGUGACAUAAGAAAAGAGAUAGUUCAUGUUCAAAUUUUUUCUCGCAACUGUCUCAUUCGUAAUUUUUCCGACCUUCAUGGAUUGUCUUUUGGUGUAAAAGCAAAUACGAUUUCAGUACAAAUUUCAUAUUGCAUUACUUGCAUAAGUAAUAUUUACGACCUUCGUAUACUGUCCUUUGGUGCCGAAUCAAAUGUGCCUUUUGUCCAAAUUUUUUUUUGCACUUGUCGCAUGCGUAGUC